AUGGGCGUAAUAAAAAAGAAGACGGGCACGCGGGGCACCGAGGGCGGUAUCAAGUAUGUAUGCGACGUCCGCAUACGAUGCGCCGAGGACACCUGCCAUGAAUACGACCUGUGCGUGCCUUGCUUCUCCGAUGGCAAAUGCACCCGCGACCACCAGCCCGCAACACACACCUUCCAGGUCAUUGAACAGCAUUCAAUACCCAUUUAUACCGAUGACUGGGGCGCUGACGAAGAGCUCGCCUUACUGGAAGGAGCAGAGACAUACGGCCUGGGAUCAUGGGCUGAUAUAGCUGACCAUAUCGGUGGCUUCCGGGAGAAGGACGAGGUUCGUGAGCACUACAUCAACACUUACGUUCAGAGCUCCCAUUUCCCGCUGCCGGAGCAUUGCAGCAAGGAUGAUACCGCCCUGAGCGACCGCAUCCCACGGGAUCAGUUCCAGGCCCAGAAGAAGCGAAGAAUAGAGCAGCGAAAGCAAGAUGCCGCAAGUGCUCAGCCAGCCACGCCAAAGCAGAAACCAACAGCCAGUGUCCCGUCAUGUCACGAAGUACAAGGCUACAUGCCUGGUCGUCUGGAGUUCGAAACGGAGUACUUCAACGAGGCAGAAGAGGCAGUCCAGCAUAUGCAGUUCGAUCCAGGUGAUGGCAUCAAUCCGCGUACUGGCGAGACGGAGCCCGAAAUGGAACUCAAGAUGACGAUAAUGGAGAUCUACAAUUCUAGGCUAGACGCUCGUGUGGAGAGGAAGAAGAUCAUAUUCGAGCACGACCUUCUGGAGUAUAGGAAGAAUCAAACGGCGGAUAAGAAGCGCACGAAAGAAGAGAAGGAUCUCAUGAACAAGGCGAAGCCCUUUGCCCGUAUGAUGCAGCACAAGGACUUUGAGGUGUUUUGCAAAGGCCUGGAGUAUGAGCACAAUCUGCGGCAGGCCAUCUCUCAGCUCCAGGAGUGGAGGAACAUGCAAAUCACCAGCCUGAAGGCGGGCGAAAAGUAUGAGACGGAGAAACAGCAACGCCAAUCGAGAGCACCACCACUGGGCCAGUUUGACCGUCUAGCUUCCAGUAGGAUUGGCAAGCCUGCUCCACCCUUCGAGCAACCGUCUGCGGCAACAGCACUUCUCCACAGCAACCUGCCUCAGCACAUUAAGGAACAGAGCGGGCUCACUACGCCUCCACCGGACAGCAUUACCAGCGGCACCAAUGGCAUUCCAACACCGCAGCACUCGAAGACGAAGUUCGUACCAAAGGCACUUCCCGGCACGGUGCCGCUGAAGUUCGGCAAGGAGUCCCAGGCAGAUCUCCAGCUACUGACCAAGGAAGAGGUCGACAUUUGCAAAGUCCUGCGUAUCAUGCCCAAGCCAUACCUGGCUCUGAAGGAGACUUUGAUUCGGGCAGCGCUGAACAACAAUGGAAGUCUCAAGAAGAAGACUGCCAAGGAGAUUUGUAGCAUCGAUGGGCAGAAGUCGGGACAGUUGUUCGACUUCCUCGUGCACAGCGGCUGGAUUGCACGGGCGUAA